GCUCACUCCACACACACAAGCAGUCGGAGAGAGGGAAGACGUAAUGGUUUGAUUCCCUGUGCACUUGCCAUGGUCGUCGUCCCGACAUUACUCGGCAGAUUCCUGGAACGGGAGGUGCAAUGAAGUCAUGCUGGAUGCAGUAAGACAGGCAAACCGACAAAAGACAGCACAUUUGACAUUUGUGGGCUCAUACCUGAUGGACUCUUAUCCAAGCGAUCGAUAUCUGAGUUUUUCCAAGAUCACGUGGACACAGGAAUCAAUCGUCAACUCCGAUUCUCGAAUCAGACUUGUGUCAAACCAGGCAGGAGCAUCGUCCAUGUGGGCGUCAUGCUGUGGGCUGCUGAACGAGGUGAUGGGCACGGGCACGGUGCGGACACAGCAGCCUGGGUUUGGAGCAGGGGCUCGGCCCUUCCGCUUCGCCCCCAGCGCCGGCUACUCCACCUACCCGCCCACCGGCUCAGGGAGCGCUGGACAGCUGUGCAAGGCCUGCGGACUGGCCUUCUCCGUCUUUAGACGCAAGCACAUCUGCUGUGACUGUAAGAAGAGUUUUUGCACCCUGUGCUCGGUGCUGCAGGAGGACCUGCACUGCUGCACAACCUGCCAUCUACUGCGGGGCACAGCUUUCCAGCGGCCUCGGCUCAUGCAGCUGCGAGUGAAAGACCUGCGCCAGUACCUGCUGCUGCGCAACAUCCCCCCCGACACGUGCAGGGAGAAAGAGGACCUGGUGGACCUGGUGCUCUGUCAUCAGGGGGCAAGGGCGCCUCAGAGAGCAGUGCUGGUAGAGGACGAGGAGGAAGAGGAGGAGGAGGACGAAGAAGAAGAAGAAGAAGAAGAGGAGGAGGAGGAAGACACUCAUGAGGAGGAGGAGGAAGACGGGGAAGAUGACACAGACAGUCUGCACUCACUCCCCCCCUCACAUGCCGCCUCGCCCCGCUCAGCCACCUCUGAACAGUCAGUCCUCUCCGCCUCUCAGGGAGACGUUCUCAGCCCAGGAAGUGACAGCUCAGGAACCACCAGCCAGGAGCAUGAGGACACUCCAGCAGCGUCCCUCUUGAACCUGGAGCCCACUGAAAAUAUCAUUGAGGUCAGUCCUGGGACACAGAGGAGAAUCAGAGCUUCGUUGUCUGAUCUGGACAAUGAAGAGGCGAUAGAACACCUCUCCGUGCGCCAGCUGAAAGAGAUUCUCGCCAGGAACUUUGUCAAUUACUCGGGCUGCUGUGAGAAGUGGGAGCUGCUAGAGCGAGUGCAUCGACUCUACAGAGAAAACGAGCAGAACAGGAAAUCCAUAGAAAAUGUGAGCAUCACUGCAGUGGUGGCAUAUCCCCCACCUCUCUGCAACAGUGGAGAUGGAGGUAAGACAUUCUCAUAAAAAAAAGCCACUUUUCACGUCCACCUUCAUGGAAGAUUCCUGUACAUUGCACCUCUCAUUUCAUAGUAAUAAACAGUCAAAGCAUGCUGAAGCCAUUUUUACACAUUUGACCUUUUAAAUGAUUAUCGUAUCAUGGUCAGUUGAGUCAUUAUCUUGUGUCUGUCUCUCUCUCAGCCCCCCCCCCGUGUGUAAACUGUGCAUCAUCUCAUUAUAUUCUGAAGAGCAGCCUCUCAUUGUCAUUAAUGCACUCUCUUAGAGCUCUUACCUCUUGAUGAGUCAUCGUAUUACUCCAGUGGCAGCGUGUCUCCACCAGGUGUAAUUACAUUUUCAGACCUGCUCCAGCUUCUCUUAUGAUACGAAGGUCGGGGGAUCAUAUUAUCCCACUCGACAGUCAGAUGCGUGGGGACAGCAAGCAGGCCGCAGCUCAGUUGGGCUCAUCUAGAUGUGAGCAGCGGGAGACAGAUUCAGGCCAGUGAGCUGAUCAGUCAGCUGUCAGACAUUUAAUUCCUAUUAACUAACACAAUGACUAACUUGUGGCUCAUUUGUGUGGUCAGAUUCCAGCGCUUUAAUUGUUUAAAAUGACUGUUAAGUCACGCCGCUGUCACCAGCCUGACAAGGACACUUGCCCUUACUGGAAACGUGGCUGCCAGCAAAGUGAUUUUAGCCACUUAACAAAAGGCUUGUCUAAUGAAUUCUAUGCCUGCUUAAGUCUACAAUAUCUGAAGAGUAUAUUUGCCACUUUACACAGCUGUGAGACAACCUCUUCUGACACCUAAUCCCAUCCAUCUUCUACCGCUUUAUCCUCCACAUGAGGGUCACGGGGGAA